AUGUCGUCCGCUACUACGAUGGGGCAGUUGCCCCAACACCAAACGGCCAUUGUAGCUCAAGGACCAGGCCAAAUGACUAUCCAGAAAGAUGCACCAGUACCCGCACUGGCUCAUGACAUGGUUCUAGUGAAGACAGCAACAGUGGCCAUUAACCCAGUUGAUGUCAAGUCGCUGGACUACAGCCCGGCACCUGGAGCCAUCAUAGGCUUCGACUUCGCCGGUACCAUUGUAGCACUGGGUGCGGAUGCAGUCAAGGAGGGUCGUCUGGCCGUGGGUGAUCGCGUGGCCGGGGUGGUCUACGGCAUGGACAGAUUGCAGCCUGAUGUUGGGGCUUUUGCUCAGUAUGUCGGUGCGCUGGCGGAUUUGGUCCUCAAGCUUCCCGACCACAUUAGUUUGGAAGACGCCGCGGCUCUAGGAUUAGCAACGGCAACGGCUGCAUAUGGCCUGUUCAAGGAGAUGGAGCUCCCAGGAGCCCUCGACAGACUCAGCGGCUCCGUCCCCGACCGCGGCGACUUUGUCCUGGUUGCAGGCGGUAGCACUGCUACAGGUACGCGCGCUAUUGAGCUGCUGAAGACCGCCGGUUUCCGCCCAGUCGCCACAUCUUCUCCAUCGAACUUUGAGCUCGUCAAGAAGUUUGGGGCUGAAGCGGUUUUUGACUACCAUGACCCAGGCUGUGCAGACGCCAUUAAAGCCUACACCAACAACGAACUGGAUUAUGCGCUGGACUGCAUAGCCGAAGCAGAAACGACACAGCUGUGCUACGCAGCGAUUGGUCGUGCUGGUGGCCGAUAUGUUGCUGUGGAGCCGUUUCGUGAGUCGAUUGCCCAAAGCCGGAUCAAUACUGUGAAGGCAUCGUGGUUCAAUGUCAUGACCGUCUGGGGUCGCAAAGUCGAGCUUGGUGGGGAGUACGCCCGUGAAGCGUCUCUCGAGGAUCGGGAGUUCGGCGCUCGUUCCUUCGCGGCUGUACAGACAUUGCUCGACCGUGGCUUUGUGACGACUCAUCCCAUCAAGCUCAUGUCUGGUGGCUGGGAAGGUGUUGUUGAGGGUGUAGACAAGAUACGCAGCCAGCCUCCAUCUGGCUACAAAUUGGUUUGUCAGGUCGCCUGA